AUGCUUUUGAAUUAUGGUGCUGGAGGAGACUCUUGGACUGCAAGAAGAUCAAACCUAUCCAUUCUGAAGGAAAUCAGCCCUGAGUGCUCACUGGGAGGACAGAUCCUGAAGCAUAGGCUCCAAUACUUUGGCCACCUCAUGAGAAGAGAAGACUCCCUGGAAAAAAACUCUGAUGUGGGAAAGAUUGAGGGCACAAGGAGAAGGGGACGACAGAGGACGAGAUGGUUGGACAGUGUUCUCGAAGCUACUAAAAUGAGUUUAACCAAACUGCGGGAGGCAGUGGAAGACAGGAGUGCCUGGUGUGCUCUGGUCCGUGGGGUCACAAAGAGUCGGACACAACUAAACAACAACUGCUCUUCAUCUGAAGAUCUCAGGUCUGUUCACAGCACAUAUAUCACUUCACUGAUAUGUACACCAAACUCCAACAGGCUUCUAGAGCGCAGCAAACCAUGAGCCUGAGUUUAGACGUAAUGCUAAGUUACCAUGGCUUGCAGGGCCCCCAAAGCAAAUGCAAUUUUUGCUGUAAGUGCUACAUGCUCUUUCGUGCUUAGGUAUGAUUUGGUUUAAAACAAUGUAUGAACCAAACCAGAGGGAUUGUUGCAGAGCUCAAUGCAGUCUUCUAUUCCCUUCUAUGUUUUGCUAUAAGAUAUUUUACUCUGCCCUUACAUUUUGGUGUUUGGUUUGUUAUUUAUUAUUUUUAUGGAUGAUUUAGGUGUUUUGAGCUGGGCAGGGGGCUAAUUUUUUUACAUGCUUCUUACACAAUGUAGGAGAAUAUGUUUUUUGUUUUGAGACUUAUUUUAGAGGAGCAAUGGAGGUCAUCCUUUAUGUUCCCACCAACAUCUAAAGUGGGUCUUUGGUAUUAGGUAGAGAGCCUUCUUUCUCUUUGUCUGCAUUCAGUCUGUGAAGCUCCUUGCUUUGGAAGGCCCACGUUUCUCACUCGCCCUGGUGACCUUCCACUGCCAUGUGAAAACCUUUCUACUUUAGAAAGGUGUUUGGGCUGUGGUAAUCUGCUUUUAUUUUUCCCCCUCAUUGUAUGUUUCGUUUGACACAGACUGUUUUUCAGUCUUGAAUUUUACCUGCCAUAUCAUCUUUUAUCUCAGUUUUUUUUAAUUCUAAUUUUAUUAGCUUUAAGGGUUUUAGGCUGCCUUGGACAUCUUAUGGAAAUGUGGAGUAGAAAUAAUUUAAUUACUACAUGUAUUUGUUUGCCAACAAGUCACCAUAGCUGUGCACACUUGUGAAAAAACAAUAUCAUAGGAUGACACAGAGAGCAUAACCAAGUAACUCUUUUUCUUUUAUUUGAUCAGAAUUAUCACCUGCCCAGGAAGAAUUAUCACCUGCCCAGAAACAAGAUUUCUGGCAAGCAGUGCAUGGGUCAUAUUAUCUCCAAAGGUCUACUUUAAGAAGAUUAAGGUACUGGCUGUGGAUUCUAUUAAUAGGGAGGGAGGUGAAAUCCAGCAGGAAAGGUCAUGCAUGUCAGUGAUCCAAACUAGCAGCAAGGCAAGGGUAGUGUCGCACUGGAAUGUGAAGAGGGGGGAUCUCAGCUGCACAAGGAAUGACAGAAGGAGUUUUCUAAUGAUACAAAACACUGAACAAUGUGAGAACCCUGGCUUCUUAUUCUGGGCAUGGAGAUGUCUUCAAGGUGAGAAAAAUGGAACUGUAUCACAUUGAUGUAUACAUAUAUAUAUAUAUAUAUUUCCAUUUUAACAAUCCAAUCAAACCUCAUAUAUUCCGAAUUAUACAUAUUAUUCAAUAAUCAAACAGUCCAAAUAUUAUGCCAAAUUAUAAUUUUUCGGGGGGACUUCACCAUGCUCCGAGGUUGGAGGGGGGAUCUGAUCAUCUCAUACUUCUACUGCUUUUCAUAAUCUUUCCCGAUAGUUCACAUAAGUCAUUCUGAUGUUAAUCCUCGUUGUUUUCCACAGCCUCUGAGUUCUUCUGGCAAGCGAGACAGCUCAAAACAGUGUUUCUGUGUGAUUUUUAUGUCCAAGAUUCCCCUCCACAUUGAUGUAUUCUUAACUUAG